AACAAAACAAUUACAAUAACAAUCAAAAUGGCGGGUAAUCAAACUUUAAAUCUUUUGUGAGACAGACAUACCCUCAAUCCAAUGAUAUUGUAAUCCAUCUAGAUUAUUCCACGGAAAUAAUAUUUCUUGUGACAAGUCUAAACAGUCGAGAUCCAUUACAACAACAACUUCGUAGUUUUUGUUACCCUUAUCGGUCGCAAUGUCGACAGCAGAUAACGACAAGCGUCUGCUAGCAAUUUACAAAUUAAAGUUUUACCAAAACAAGAAUAAUUGGAAGCUAUCCGAAGAUGUGAAAGAUACGCCGUCGUCACAGACAAACUGUAAAUUGGAUGAGACAUACAGCAUAGAUGAUGAGAACAAUGUGGAGGUGGAGUCUCCUCACAACAAGGCCUUCUUGGACCAGGAGCCCGGUGAGCAGCCACACUCCGACGAACCAGACGCCGUGGCGCCAGUCUCCGAGUGCCCAUGCACGGACCAGGCCUGGCCCAGCGACCAGUCGGACCAGCUGUGGCAGGAUGCGGAGCAGGAGUGGUGUGGUGUGGAGAGCGAGGGGUCAGCUGACGAGUUAGCGGAACAUCCCCACUACGCACCCUGGACACGACCCGCCUGGCCUUCAGACUUGGAGUACGACAUGAAGUCUGGCUGCGCGCCGCUGUGCAGGCCGCUGUCUCCGCGCGCGGUGCUGGACUCCGCUCAGCAGUGGCUCCGAGAACUGGGCUAUGAGCCGCCUGAAGACACCUGUCCUUGUCCACUAGAAGAGAGCAUAGAGUUUGUCCGCGGUGCUCAUCACGCCCCGCACUCUUCAGAAAUUGAUCUCAGUGACAAUACUGAUGACAUGUCGAGCGUUUGCACGUGGUCAGGUGCGCAGCUGCGGCGAGGAGUGAUGCAGCACUGCGCCGCGCUCGCCACGCUGCUGGGCGAGAGGAACCAGCGAGAUAUACUGUACGGCCGCACCCCAUCAAAGCCGCCAAUCCCCCUAGACGAGUACCCGACCCGCGACACCGAUCCACUUCGCCCCCCAGACUUCAUACUGUCGGGCUCCCACCGACCGGCCGACACGCGCUGGCUGUCCAAGACCGCCACUAUGCCGUCAGAUUACAGCCUCCCGCAUAUCUUACCCGACGCUGUGCCGGUGGGGUGUCGUAAACCCGAAACUGCGCCCUUAGGGUGCCGUGUUCGAGACUCCGUGCCUUUAAGCGGCAGUUUACCUGACGUAAUGCCGUUAGAUUGUCGUAUGUCGGAUGUUAUGCCGGUGGAUUGCCGCGCUAAGCCGUUAGGCUGCCGUAUCUCGGGCGCUAAGCCGUCGGAUUGCGGCUUGCCGGGUAUCUUGCCGGCCGAAUGCGUGGCGGAUUUGCCGGUUGGCCGCGGCCGCGGGCGACUGCGUAAGCCGGUCAUACGCAUAGGUAUGGGUCGCCCUUAUAGGUUGUAAUUUUUUUUUGCUGUUUAAUUUUCAGAGCACUUUUACCCGACAGCAUAUAAAAAGUUAUGUUAUUCAUUGACAAACUAUUGUCGACUUAAUUGUCAUGCAAAUAGAGUCUAAAAUCAGUUAAUAUAUGAACGGCAUAGCCAGUACAUACUUAUGAAAAUUGUGUAAAUUGAUUUUAGAUAUUAUUUCAAUAGGAACAAGGUAGAUAAUAGUUUAACAGUGAAAAAUGAAGUUUCUAAAAAGCGGUCAGUUAAAAGGGCUCCUUGUAUUAUUAAUUAAAAACUUUGGUAACCUUAAAAUAUCGGUCAUGUAUUCCUAAACAUUAUUUAGAAUUAAACCGCUAGGUAGGUAUAUUAAAUAUACCUUUCCUAUUUUUUCCUACAAUAACUUUUGUAUGAAGGUUUUUGAUACCCAAAGCUAAACCUAAGUUUGUAGGUACCUAUUCAUACUUAUACAACUGUAUACCUAUAUGUAUUAUCAUAGACAAAAUUGUCGUUAGAUUUAGAACUUAUUAGUCAUAAAAUAUAACUUUAUUACAUAAGCUUCGACUGUUAUGGAUCUCGAUACCAAAUUAAACUAUAUUUUUUAUACAUACUGUAGUAUACACGACGAUUUCCAUAGAAACAAAACUAUGUAUACUCAUAUUGUCGUCAUGCGUUCGUCACAAGACGCAACUAAUCGUCAAGGAUGCGUCAAUUGACGAAUACUUAUUUGCCUAAUAAAGACUGUUAGUAUAAAAACUUACUUGUGUCUAAAAAGAGUGUAUUUUUAGGUACUUUAUUAAUGUACCUUUUGUUUGUUUGUACAAAAGAGACUACUUAGAUAAAUUAAGUGCCUGUAACUGUGUGCUAUUGUUAAAGUUUAGUGACGUGAGCUACAGUGUAGUCCGGUGGUGUUACUAUGUACUUUCAUUAAAGUUUAUUUUGUUCUG